GACAGCGACGACGAGCGGACGUGAUGCUGCUGUUGGUGGUUGCUUGGUGGGCGGUACUUGGACUCCUAACAGUUUCUCAUCCAGGACUGCACUACCUAUUGAUAACAUUAAAUUUAAAUUUGUCGAUGAAGUUAAGAAGUUGAAGGGAAGAACAAACUCACGAUUGAACAUUUUAUUCAAGGAAGAAUAUGACGUGCUUUUAUCCGAGGUUAGGGAUGCUUCAUCAAAUAAUGGUCCCAAAACUCCAUUACAGUAUCGUAGACUUAAAAGGUUUGGAAUAGUUGAAGUCGGAAAUAUUGAAAAGCUUGUAACGCGAAAUAAAGGGCAAACGGGAAAGUAAAAUAAUGAAGAUACCAUAUAGUUUUGUAGAAUUACAUAUAUAUUAAAUGUUAUGUAAUAGUAUACUUACUCGUAAUAUAUAUCUAUUUUAUCAUUAACUACAUAGCAUUUCAAAUUUGACGUUACUUAGUUAAUGACGUUACGUUAU